AUGAUGCUUUGUGGUUCUUUACGAGAUCGAAUACACCCUUGGCUUCGCGACUAUGUUCGUCUCCAAUCUCUCGCCGUCUUCCUUAUUUACGCUCAGAUUGGGUGUGCGUUAAUCGGAUCAUUAGGAGCAUUAUACAAUGGAGUUUUGCUUAUAAACUUAGCGAUUGCUUUGUUUGCUCUUGUAGCAAUCGAAAGCAAUAGCCAAAGUCUUGGCCGUACUUACGCCGUUCUUCUUUUCUGUGCUCUUCUUCUCGAUAUCUCAUGGUUCAUACUCUUCACUCAAGAGAUUUGGAGUAUAUCAGCUGAGAUGUAUGGAACAUUUUUCAUAUUUUCAGUGAAAUUGACAAUGGCGAUGGAAAUGAUUGGUUUCUUUGUGAGGUUAUCAUCUUCGCUAUUGUGGUUUCAGAUUUAUAGGCUUGGUGCUUCGAUUGUGGAUACUUCGUUACCUCGUGAAACUGAUUCGGAUUUAAGGAAUAGUUUCUUGAAUCCACCUACUCCUGCUAUUGCUAGACAAUGUUCAGGUGCUGAAGAAAUCUUGGGUGGUUCUAUUUAUGAUCCUGCUUACUAUACUUCUUUAUUUGAAGAAGGCCAAAAUAAUACGAAUUCACCCAAGGUAACUCAGGUGAAUUAUUAUUCAGCUGGGAACAAUGGAUCACCAUCUUCUGCAGAAGCCUCUCAGAUUAAAUCUCCCAUAUCCAGAUCAUUGCAUGCAAUUGAUGAAGAGAAAGGUUUGAAGCAACCAGGGAUGUCUUCAAUAUGA